ACUAACCUUAUAUUCAGUUUCUGUGGUUUACUCUUGAGGGGAUAAAUGAAAAUUACAGAGCUGCUGGGGAACUGGGUUGCGGAAAAAUGGUCAUUAAAAGCCCCAUUAAGCCAAAUGUUCGGAUAUUAUUAUUAGGUGAUCGCGGAGUUGGAAAAACUUCAAUAAUUUUAUCACUUGUCAGCGAAGAAUUCCCUGAAAACGUGCCUACAAGAGCAGAAGAAAUAACGAUACCUGCUGAUGUUACGCCAGAACAAGUCCCUACGAAUAUUGUUGAUUAUUGUGCUGUGGAUCAAAGUGAAGAUAUAUUAAUUAAUCUGAUAAAAGGAGCCAGUGUUAUCUGCGUCGUUUAUGGCGUUGAUAAUGAAGAGUCUAUUGAUAGAGUAUCAACCUACUGGCUACCGCUGAUCAGGGAGAAUUCUGAAGAAAAAUAUUGCCCUAUUGUUUUAGUUGGGAAUAAAAUUGAUUUAGUAGAUUUCUCAACCAUAGAAGGUGUUCUACCUGUUAUGGAAGACUUUCCAGAGAUAGAAACCUGCAUAGAAUGUUCCGCAAAAACUCUUAAGAAUAUAUCAGAGUUAUUCUACUAUGCCCAAAAGGCUGUUCUUCAUCCAACUUCUCCCAUAUAUUCAGUUGAGGAUUCAGAUCUAACAGAACCUUGCAAGCAGGCCCUUUCGAGAAUUUUUAAGAUAUGUGACAUGGACUGUGACGGAUUAUUGAAUGACACUGAAUUGAAUAAUUUUCAAAGUCGUUGUUUCAAUGCUCCUCUGCAGCCCCAAGUAUUAGAUGAUGUUAAAGCAGUUCUGAGAAAGAAUUUAGAUGAUGGUGUUCAAAAUAACUGUGUAACAUUCAAGGGAUUCUUGUAUCUUCACACACUUUUUAUUCAAAGAGGCAGAAAUGAAACUACUUGGGCAGUUUUGAGGAAAUUUGGUUAUAAUGAGAAUUUGCAGAUUUCCAAAGAAUAUUUACAUCCUGUGUUGAGAAUCCCUUCAGGUUGUACCACAGAAUUAUCCCAUCGAGGUCAGCAUUUCUUAACACAUCUUUUUGAGAGAUUUGAUAAGGACAAAGAUUUGUCGCUUUCUCCAACUGAAUUGGAGGAAAUGUUUUCAACUUGUCCAACGCCAGCUUGGCCACCAGAUGUUAGCAGUUUAGUCCCCACAAAUGAAAAUGGUUGGAUAACAUUUCAAGGUUACUUAUGUCAGUGGGCUUUGAUGACACUUUUGGAUGUACCUAAAACCUUUGAAUAUUUAGCCUAUUUGGGGUAUAAUAUUUAUGAGAACGAUUGCCAAACUACUGCAGUACAAGUCACAAGAGAGAAGAAAUUAGACCUUGCCAAAAAACAGUCUAGUAGAAAUGUGUAUCGUUGCCAUGUUAUUGGGGCAAAUGGAUCUGGAAAAUCAAGCUUUUGCAGGAAUUUCAUUAGAACAAGUAGAGAGAAAUAUCGCAAAUUUGACAAAAAGGACACUCCUGAAUAUGUUACAAACGUUGUACAAGUUUAUGGUCAAGAUAAAUUUUUAGUAUUAAGGGAUAUAACAGUAAUGAAUAUGUCUGAUCCUCUGCAUCCUGAUGAGGUGCGAUGUGAUGUUGCCUGUCUCGUUUAUGAUGUUAGCAACCCAAAGUCAUUUGAAUAUAUAGCAAGGAUAUAUAUUAAAUACUUUGCGGAUAGUGAAAUUCCUGUUUUAGUGGUCGGUUGUAAAAGUGAUUUAGAAGCAGUAAAGCAGGAUUAUAUAUUGCAGCCUCCUUCAUUUUGCGAGAAAUACAAGAUACUUCCACCUCAGACUUUUAAUCAUAAGAGUCUCAAUAAAGAUAUUUAUGUGAAACUGGCAACAAUGGCAUGUUUCCCUCCUUUACGUCGAAUGGUGCAUAUGCUCUUAUUGAGGCAACAGCCAACAGUGUGGCUGAAUCAAUUUUGCAGGAACUUGCGUGAGUUUGGAUCAGUGCCAGUUGACAUGCCAAUUUGGUGUAAGGCUGGUUUGAGCUUAGCGGCGAUUACAGCUUUCGGUUUUAUUGUUGUUAGGGUGAUAAGUACUCCGAAAAUAAGCUAAUUCAUUAAUUCAGACUGUAUUCAUUUCCUAGUUUCCCAGUGUAAAUAGCUUCAAAUCUCCAAAUAUAUAAUAAUAAUGUAGAGGUCUACCCUAAUUAAAAUUUUUAUUAUGAGAAAAAAAA